AUCAUCACAAAAUCCGAAAAUCCUAUUUCUUGCAUUAAAAGUUAAUUUAUUAGCCGAAAGUGAAAUAAAAACAUGGCGUUUACCACCAAAGACGUGAAUUUAAAGCCGGACAGGCCUAAAACCUUAUUGUUGAAGAAGCAUGCGGACUAUUUGGCGACUUACGGAUCUAGUCAUGAUGACUACGAGUAUUGUAUGACUGAAUAUCUUCGCAUGUCUGGUGUUUAUUGGAGUCUGACUGCUAUGGAACUUAUCGGGGCAUCAGACAGAAUGCCGAAAGAAGACAUAAUAAAGUUCAUCAGCUCAUGUCAGAACAAGGAGAAUGGCGGUAUCUCAGCUUGCUUUCCACAUGACCCACAUAUAUUGUACACCUUGAGUGCUGUGCAGGUCCUCACAAUGUAUGACAGACUGGAUGCAAUAGAUGUAGAUGGUGUUGUCAAAUAUAUUGCUUCCCUGCAACAAGAGGAUGGCAGCUUUUUCGGUGACAAAUGGGGCGAGAAGGACACGAGGUUUUCCUUCUGUGCUGUGAUGUGCCUGUCGCUCUUACAAAGGCUUGAUGCCAUCAAUGUGGAUAAGGCUGUUGAGUUCGUCCUUAGCUGCAUGAACUUUGAUGGGGGCUUUGGAUCUAAACCUGGCUCUGAAAGUCAUGCUGGUCUAAUAUACUGCUGUGUCGGCACCCUCUCCAUUUGCAAGCGGAUGGACGCGCUAAAAGUAGAUGCUCUCGCGUGGUGGCUGUGUGAGAGGCAGCUGCCCAGCGGUGGGCUGAACGGCAGACCUGAGAAACUGCCAGACUUGUGUUAUUCUUGGUGGGUAAUGGCAUCACUUACAAUGCUGAACAGAAUCCGCUGGGUGGACCGCGAAAAAUUAGAAGAAUUCAUCUUAGCUUGCCAAGACGCUGAAACGGGUGGUUUUAGCGACCGGCCAGGCGAUGUUACCGACCCAUUCCAUACGUUAUUUGGUCUAGCAGGCCUUUCGUUGUUAGGCAACACCAAGAUCAAACCUGUCAACCCAGUCUACUGCAUGCCACAGGAAACCAUUGAUAGGUUAAAGUUACAACCAGAAAUUAUGAUGUAAUUUUGAACUGUAUGACAUGUAUGAAGAAUUGCGUGAGGAGUCAUUUUGAAUACCUAUCUAAUAAGAGCACAGUGAUUUGUAUGUAUAAAUGUAAUAUGCAGAAGUUUUGUAUUUAUUUUAUGUUUAAGUAUAUUUGCAAUAAGAGAAUAUAAUGUGAUACAAUGGAA